AAGUCAAAGGCAGAAGAGAAAAUCAAGUUUGGUAUUUGAAAAUAUCAAAGCUAGCAUUGGCUUUUGCAAUCAUCCGUGCAAAACCACCAGGGAAGAGUUGCAAAGAAUACACUGAGCACCUUGCCAGAACUGUAUCCGAACAAGAUUUUGGUUGGAAAUCGAAAGUUGCAGUGCUGGAAGCUGAAGUUCUUCGAUUACGUCAGGAACUUCUUUUGAACAAGAUCUGUCCAAGAUUCCACUUGGAAAGUGGAAAACCUGAUGACUCAGCUGAAACUCUUCUAGAUCAGGAAUGCAGAAACCCUAUGACUUACUCAAGCCAGCUGGAAGACUCUGGAUGUGAUGUCUCUAAUGACUAUGGAUUUGAUUCUUUAGGCGUAGCUUCUGAUUUUCACAAACCUGAGCACAAUGUCGACAGUUCUAAAUGUUGGUUGGAAAGAAUACCUCCACUGGAUCUUUGCUGUACUAGCAAGGAGGGAUCUCUGACUGCUCCAGUGCAGUUUUUGCAAUGUCUUCUUGAAAUCAGAAAACUGUCAGAAGGAGGAAUUCUUCAAGCAGACUUUGCAGAGCUUGAGAAUGAUUCUUUCACCAUAUGCGAUUCAGUGUCUCAGCUGCUUGAUGGACUGACUGUUUUUUACAACAGUCCUAAAUUUUCAGUUUCGAAUUUUCUUACUGACGCAGUUAGUGUUUUGAUCAGUUUAAUAACAGAUACUAAAUUAUCUAAUUGUGUUUUGAAGAAGUGUUUCAAGAAGCUGGAAGAAUUUAAGAAAAAUCUAAUUCAGAUUAUUUUAAGAAACAGCAGUGUCAACAGGUUCCAGGCACUGCAUGCUGUAUCACAGACGCUGGUUUUGCUAGGAAGGAACCACAUACUAAAAAAUUCUUUAAUAUCUCUUCUGCUGUCAGAAGUCCGUCAGUUUGCUGAGCAGUUGUUGCAAGGUCACCAGGAUGUGAUAUGGGAGUAA